AUGAUUGUUGCUGUCCUGGGCGCCAGAUGGACAGCAGACUGGGAUACACCUGUGAAGACGAGGUCAAGUUCUUUGGUCCUCGAUCUUGGAAGCGAGGGCAAUAAAGAAGUCGGCGUCGAUGAUGAGCUAGACACUGGGGAUGUUGAUUCUUCAGAAAGGUUCUCCUGUACUCUUUUGUCUGUUACCACAGGCAAGCCACGGCGUCUUGGUGGCAGAGCAGGGGAACUGAUCCUCCGGCUUAUCUCGCCGUCUAGUGGAGCGCUAUUUAGAGUUUUGGGCGUAUCGGUAAAGUCUGAGGAAGGACUAAGCAUUGGAGCUGACGGCAGUUCAAUGCAUCGCUUUCGCACAAUCACUUGA